CGAGCUUUGAAGACACACUGACUCUGCUUUUUUGCAAACUUUGGUUGACUCUUCACUAACAAAAUGAAGCCCACAAGGUCUGAGAAGACUCUCAAACAGCUGGACAAACAGCAAGGAAACGGGAACGAAUCCCUCGAUCAAGACUCCAAUGUGGAGCAUGACUUCAGGUUGAGGAGCAGGAAGACACAACCUAAAAGGGAUAGAGGAGAAAUGGAUGCCCAGAAACCUGGACAUGUGUCCCUGGAGGUGAAGGUGAGCCGGAAGAGAGCCAUCCUGGUUAAAGAAACCCCAAAGAAGAGGCUCAAGAUGAGCAAAUCCACUGAUGCUGCAAAAUCCAUCAAUGUGUCGGUGGAAUCAAACUCUGGGAACAGAAAGAGAAAGGCCAGCACCGAGGAAGAGAAACCCAGUAAGAAGAGGAGAGACUCCAAGCUUCAAGAGACUCCAUCCUCGUCCUCUGAUGAGGAACCUGAAAACGCUCGCUUUAAAGCCCACACAAACAGAGAGAACUAUGAGGAAAAGUAUCUCAAGCUCCAUGAGAUCGGAAGAGGAGGUUUUGGAUUUGUGUAUGCCGGCAUCCGUAAAGCAGAUUUCUUACCAGUGGCCAUCAAAUGCAUCCUCAUGAUAGACCAGGACCAUGCACCAGAACUGAGUAAGAUCCCUAGAGAGGUCGCUCUCAUGGAAAGAGCCGGGGGCGGACCAGAAUCUGUCGGGAAGCACGCUGCAGUCUCCCUGCUGGACUGGUAUUACCUGGAUGACGAGCUCAUCAUCGUCAUGGAGAGACCAGAUUCCAGCAUGAAUAUGACGAUGUAUACCCUAACCUAUGGAGCUUUUGAUGAACAAAAGACAAAAAUCUUCAUGGCUCAGUUGGUGGAAGCAGCAUUAGACAUUCAGAACAGAGGUGUGCUUCACAAUGACAUCAAAAUGGCAAACAUCCUGGUAGAAUGUGGCUCCAGCAUACCCCGUCUCCGAAUCAUUGACUUCGGUUGUGGCAGUUUCAUUCAGAAGAAGUGGAUCCGUUCCUACAAUGGGACCAGAGCUUUAGCCCCUCCUGAGUGGAUCACUCAUAAAAAAUACAGAGCUGAGCCCACCACAGUGUGGCAGCUGGGGGCGCUGAUGUACCGCAUGCUGCAUGAUCAUUUAUUCGACACAUUGAGCUACAUCACGGGCCAGCUCCGUAUUAGCGACAAACUCUCAAUGGGCUGCAUUGAUUUCCUUAAACUGUGCUUCCAAAGUUACGGAAAGCGUGGCACCCUGGAGCAGCUACACCUCCACCCUUGGCUCCAAUAGCCUUUUCUUUCUUUGUGGCACUAAGUGUCAAGCAUUAUAAAUAAAUAAAUAUUGCAAAUGAAAAAAUAUGAUUUCAAAGUGUUCAGCAUCUGUUGGUUUAUGCAAUCAUGCUUAGGCCUAAGUAUAUCACUCAGGUGUAGUGACUCAAAUAAAACACUAGAGGGCUGCAUGUGUUAACUUGUACCAGUUUAUCCUGCCUUAUUCACUCUGCAAAAACCCU